CGGUUAGUUUACAAGAAAAGAGAUCAAAAGCAGGGACAGUUGGUUGGUGAAUACUGAAUGGUGGCGCGGGGCUUAUCCAAGGCAUUGAGGCAACAAACGCAGAGCGAAGUGGCAUAGAAACUAGAAAUGCACUCUCACUCCCACACCUUGCUUCGCCCACAUUCAUUCCCUUCCUUUCCCAAACCAUUUCCCUUCUCUUCUUUUCCUCUUCUUCUUCCUCCUUCCACUCUCCGCUCCUCAACUUUCGCCACCACUUCUGCAAUUUCCCCUAAUGAAACCAAAUUCCCUACGCAGCGACUCACUCGUGCUUGCAACAAUUCGCGCCAAUCCCUUGCUUCCAUCUCCAAUGGCAAAUUUCCCUUUCUUUCUUCUUCUAAUGAUGCUAGUGCUACUACUAAUUUAUCCACCAGCCUUCUCAAGUUUUCGUUGCUCUUCGGCUUCCUCACUCUUCAAGACUCUUAUCCAGCGCUUGCUGCUUCCGACAUUUCCACUUCUUUCAAUUCAUUUCCUAUAUUUGGGGAUAUUGGUGACUUAAGCACAGGUUUUGCUUCAGCGUUUCUGCUGAUAUUUUUCUCUGAACUGGGAGAUAAGACAUUUUUCAUUGCAGCGCUGCUUGCAGCUAGGAACUCAGCUGGUGUGGUUUUCAUUGGGACAUUUGGCGCGCUUGCGGCAAUGACUCUGAUAUCCGUUGCCCUUGGACGAACUUUUCAUUAUGUUGAUGAAAUCUUGCCAUUCAGGUUUGGAGAAACUGAUUUACCUAUUGAUGAUAUUGCUGCUGUUUGCCUAUUGGUGUACUUUGGGGUCUCUACUUUGCUGGAUGCCUCAUCUAGUGAUGGCCAAAAAUCAGAUGAAGAGCAGAAGGAGGCAGAGCUAGCAGUUUCUGAUUUUUCUGGAAAUGGUGCUGGGAUACUAUCUGCUGCUAGCACAGUUGCCAGUACUUUUCUCUUAGUUUUUGUUGCAGAAUGGGGCGACAAGUCAUUUUUCUCCACAAUUGCCCUUGCAGCAGCUUCUUCUCCCCUUGGAGUCAUAGCUGGAGCACUGGCCGGUCAUGGCGUUGCGACUUUGCUAGCUGUGCUUGGGGGCUCUUUAUUGGGGAGUUUUUUGUCAGAGAAGGUUAUUGCCUACAUCGGAGGUGUUCUCUUUCUCGUCUUUGCUGCAGUAACCUUAUUUGAAAUUGUGCAAUAGGUGUUAAAAGAAAUGCAAUAUAAUGUUAGUGCAAAGGGAUCAAGAACGUAAUGGCCUCUAGAGUUGUAUGAUUCUGCACCUCCUUUACUAAAUUUAUUAAUAGCGGCUCCAGAAGGAAAACAAAUUAAUGUAUAAUAAUACCAGUACCUAUUUUUUUUUUUGGAAUAGUUGAUUACAUUUCCUUGCAAUCCUCACGAUUAUUAAA